AUGUGUAGAAUGUCACUAUCGAUAUUCGCAGACUGCCCCGGUCAGGCAAUUCCUGAGCCAGAGAUCAGCAUGGACGAUCAGACGACCCCAAGUUCCGGCGAAGCCAGCGAGAAUACGCCCCUCCUCCCACCUGCCACCUCUCCCACAUCGACACGACCAAAGACGGCCCGGAAUGUUACAUUCCACCAGAAUCCUGUGUCCAAGACGAUAGAACCAGAACCAGCUCAGCCGCGCCCCCGACACUCCCACUCUUUCCACCUCGCCACUGCCUCCCCGGGCCAGAGCUCGGCCAUCUCCUCCAUCAACAACAAGCUGCGCAGGAGAAACAGCCAUGGCUCCCCUUCCAACACCCUCCCUCUCCCGCUACCGCCCAAGAUUGGUCCUCAGCGAAGCACGAAGAACGCACAGAAGCUCAAGCUCCUGCCCAACCCCGAACCCGGCGAGGAGGACGAGGAGAGCGGCCGAGACGUCUACUCCCAGUACACCCGCAUCAAGGACCCCACGGCCCGGCGCGACGCGGCACGUCUGGGCAAGGCCGACCGCGAACGCCUGCCGCGGGUCACGGCCUACAGCACGGCGAACAAGUACGAGAUGGAGGGCCUCAUGCGGUUCAUGAAGGGCCGCGGCAAGUCACGGGGCGCCAACCCGAAACUCAUCGACGAGUGCCUCUACUCGGCGUACACCUACAGCCACAGCGUCGAGAACAGGCGUGACCGCCGCGUCGGCGCACAGCCGAACCCCGUCCAGGCAUACGAGCGGCGCCAUUCGACGGGCGACUUUUCCGAAGGUUUCGAGCGGCAGGGCCUCCUCGACCUCGCCGCGCAGGGCCCGCAGGACUCGGGCUUCGAGGAAGGGUUCCUGCACGACGGCGCCCACGACAUUGAGGCGCCGAUCGAGAACAGCCAGGACUUCGACACGGAGAUACACACGCCCGAGGUGUUUCUCUUUGAGUACGGCGUCGUCGUGAUAUGGGGCAUGACGCUCGACCAGGAGAAGCGCUUCCUGAAGGAGAUCUCCAAGUUUGAGACGGAGAAGCUGGCGCCGGACGAUGUCGAGGCCGAGUUCUUCAACUUUUACUACACGCGGGAGUACCAGGCCCGCAUCUACAACGACUUUAUCACGCUGCGGGACAAGAACAACUACAUGACCAAGCUGGCCAUCUCGCACGCGCUCGCGCAGAGCGUCAAGACGUCCCUGUUCGAAGAGUUGAUCGCCUCAACGGUCGAGACGUGCAAGGACAUUCCUACGCAGAUUGCCAACACGGGCAAAAUCGACCUGAGCCGCAAGCAGAUCAACAUGCAGAUCGGCGAGCUCUUCAUCCUGCGCAUCAACAUCCACCUGAACGGCUCCGUCCUCGACACGCCCGAACUCUUCUGGGUCGAGCCGCAGCUGGAACCCGUCUACCAGGCCGUGCGAAGUUACCUCGAGAUGGACCAGCGCGUCGGCCUGCUGACGGAGAGGCUGGACGUCAUUGCCGACCUGCUGGCCGUCUUGAAGGGAGAGCUGAGUCACGGCCACGGCGAGAAGCUCGAGUGGAUCGUAAUCGUACUGAUCGCGGCUGAGAUUGUCGUCGCGGCGAUCAACAUUGUGGUGGAUCUGUACGCCGGGGAGUGA